CGCUGAUAUGCAGCACUGAUAGGUAGCACUGACUGGCAUUGAUAGGUGGCACUGAUAGGCAACACUGAAAGGCAGCUCAGAUGGGCACUGAUAUGUGGCAUUGAUGUGCACUGGUAGGCACUGAUGUGUGGCAUUGAUGAGGUACUGAUAGACACUGACAGCUGGCACUUUUGGACACAGAGGUGGCACUGCUGGGGCUACACAGAUCAUCAGGGCACACUGAUCAUCACUGUCAGUGUGACAGCUUGGGAGGAGAGAAAUGCCAAUAACCAGCAUUUUCCUAUUUACAUGUGAUCAGCUGUGAUUGUACACAGCUGAUCA